CCCAAAUUUCUCCUCUAACGUUAAAACGACAACGCACUCACUCUCUCUCUUCUUUCGUAUUCGUUGUUCCUUCCUCUUGGCCAUCUUCAUUGCAAUUUGCAGCCGCUGACACAAACAACAAUUCCCAAACCUCGUCACAGGUGUGCCUUUCACUAGGUGUUUGGCUUUUGGGCAGUUGAAAAUAACUGGGUGCUGCUUUAUUCCUUUUCUAUUCCACAAAUUCUUAAGGUCUUCUUCUUCAGUAUUCUUUAGUGUCCUUACCAAAACCAGGGAAUGCAGAAAGAUGUGUUUGAAAGUACAGAGUUCCUCCCAUGAGGUCAAUGAGGUUGUAGCUCCAUCUGAGCUAGCCUUGUUAAUCCGCAAUUAUAUUGGAUGUUUAGUCUGCUGCCAAUAUCUUUUUCAUGCUUAUGUUCCUGAGGUGGCUGGAAAUAUAAGAAAUAGUUUACUACCUUCUAGUAAGUACCUGUACAUAUUAUAUACAUAGUAUAUUAUAUACUAUUGAUAGUAGCAUUGGUUGUGUGCAAAAGUGUUAUCAUUAAUGGAACAGAAGGGAAGUGUGCUUAUGCAAAGAUAUGAACUAGGGAGAUUAUUAGGCCAAGGAACCUUUGCAAAGGUCUACCAUGCUAGGAACCUUGUAACUGGCAUGAGUGUGGCCAUUAAGGUAGUUGAUAAAGAAAAAGCUUUGAAAGUUGGGAUGAUGGAUCAGAUUAAGCGUGAAAUUUCAGUGAUGAGAUUAGUUAGACAUCCAUACGUGGUUGAGCUUUAUGAGGUAAUGGCCAGUAAAACCAAAAUUUACUUUGUCAUGGAGUAUGUAAAAGGUGGUGAGCUCUUCAACAAGGUAGCAAAAGGAAAGCUCAAGAUGGAUGUUGCUAGGAGAUAUUUUCAGCAACUGAUCAGUGCAGUUGACUACUGCCAUAGCAGGGGUGUGUGCCAUCGGGAUUUAAAACCCGAAAAUCUACUGUUGGAUGAGAAUGAGAAUCUGAAGGUUUCAGAUUUUGGGUUGAGCGCCCUCGCUGAAUCCAAGUGCCAAGAUGGAUUACUGCAUACUACAUGUGGUACCCCUGCCUAUGUUUCUCCAGAAGUGAUAAGCAGAAAGGGUUAUGAUGGGAUCAAAGCUGAUAUAUGGUCUUGUGGGGUAAUCUUGUAUGUUCUAUUGGCUGGUCAUCUUCCAUUCCAUGAUUCGAAUCUGAUGGAGAUGUACAAGAAAAUUGGUAGAGGAGAAUUCAAAUUUCCUAAGUGGUUUGCACCAGAUGUUCGCCGGUUAUUGUCCAAAAUAUUGGAUCCAAACCCGAAGACCAGAAUAUCAAUGGCCAAGAUUAUGGAAAGUUCUUGGUUUAGAAAGGGGUUAGAGAAGCCGAUUAUUAUUGAGACAGAAAACCAAGAACUAACACCUCCAGUUGCUGAUGGAGUAUUUGAAGCAUGCGAGAAUGGUGGUCCUAUUGCAGAAACAAAGCAAGAAAAAGCAAAGCUGUGUAAUUUAAAUGCUUUUGAUAUCAUCUCCUUCUCAACUGGUUUUGAUUUAUCCGGUUUGUUUGAGGACACCAUUCUUAAGAAAGAGAUGCGAUUUGUGUCGAACAAGCCUGCCUCAAGUAUAAUAUCUAAGUUGGAAGAGAUUUCUAAGACUCUUCGCUUGAAAGUAAAGAAGAAAGAUGGGGGUUUGUUCAAGUUGGAAGGUUCCAAGGAAGGUAGGAAAGGGACUGUCGGUAUUGAUGCUGAGAUUUUUGAGAUUACCCCAUUAUUCCAUCUGGUGGAAUUAAAAAAGGCCAAUGGGGACACCGUGGAGUACCAGAAGCUUCUUAAACAGGACAUCAGACCAGCACUUAAAGACAUAGUUUGGACCUGGCAAGGAGAACAACCGCCCCAACUCCAACAUGAAGUGAUGCAGGAAGAGCAACAUCCUUCUCAUACUGCCUAGUUUGAGGCCAAAUCACAGCAAACGUCAUGAUCUGUAUUACAUCACUUGGUUGUAUGCUGUGCUACUUUUUUCAUUAUCUUGGUCAAGUGCUUAACUUAGCAGUAGUCAUAGAAUAAUGUGGGUUGAUCAGUUUCCUCUUAUCUUUAUGGACACCUCAAUCCUUGUGUACCUAUAUUGAAAAUUUGACCAAUUUGGGUUUUUUUUAUUC